AUGGGGCAUCCACAGGAGCCAGCUGCAGCCCUGCGUUAUCUUUGGAUGAUCAAUGCCAUUAUUUCCUGCUUGCGAUAUAAUAAAAGCAGCUUCCACAUAAUCCUUGAGUCAACACGACAUCCCGCAGUAAUAAUGACUUCAUCCAUACUUGGAGAACCCCAGCCUGCCUAUCAAAGAAGCUUCCUUCUUCAUUCUGGUCAGAAUCCUCUAAGCCAGAGAGAAGGAAAUGCAGACAUUGAAUAUACUCCUCCUAGACCUCCUCUGCUCAAGAACCACCAGGCCAUUGCUAGCCCUGGAAUAGAUUGA